GUAUCCCAACUCAGUGACUUCUUGAAAUUCAGAAGUCUAUAUCAACCUGCUCGGGAGUAGAACAACGUGAGGAUUGGGAAAGUGAAGGGAUAUAUUGGUUAAAACUUUAAUUCUGGUGGGGAUUAAAAACAGUUUAAAUUGUGAAAAGUAUCUUUAAGAUAAAUAAUAAAAAACAAAAACAAUAACACUUUAAAAAUCGAAUACGAUUUAAACCUAGCUUAAACAUGAUCUUUAAAAACCAUGAUUUAGAAUUUGUGACUUGACGGCGAUUGUUUUUCGUGAAACUAAAAGGAUAUCUGGUUGACAUCGGCUUUACUUAUGAACUAACAAAUUUUAACAAAAAUAACCAUAGCGGAAACUCAGGUGUUUUUUGUUUCAAGCUAUUUCAUAUUUACUAUACAUGUAUUAUGGUAUGCCAUAGACGUAUGAAACAUUUCAACUCAAUGUGUCGUGGAUUUAUACCAUCCAUGUGGGUCAAGAUUCUAUUAUGUGUAUUCAUCACCCUGGUGUUGAUGCUCAACUUACAGACAAAUAUAAAAAGUAUCUUCGACAUAACAGAAUUUCUGAAGAUAAAUACUAAUAUAAAUAAACCCACGGCUAUAGAGUUCAGGAGCAUCGUCGAUGAUAAUCAACAAGAGAGUGAUGAACUUCACUUCCGGUCAAGUUCCAUGGAGAGUGACAAAUCAUGUCUACCUACUACGCGUGUGGUUUUUCUAAAGGUUCAUAAAACCGGAAGCUCUACCAUUGCCAAUUUAUUUCAACGAUUUGGUGUCACCCAUAAUUUAAAUUUUGCGGUUCCAAGAAAAUCCAAACAUGAAAAUGGAUAUAAUUAUAUUGGAAAACCUGGAGAGGCGAUAAGGAAGGAAUCGCUUUCGCCAAUUCCCGAUAAUCAAGUCUACGAUAUUCUGUGGAAUCACGUGGUUUAUGAUCGAACGGCUUUCCGCUCUGUGAUGCCUAACGACACUGUGUACAUAACCAUUAUUAGGGAACCAUUCGAUCAAUUUGUUUCUGCUUUCGAAUAUUUCAAAAUGUAUGGUAUCCAGCUUUUUAAAAAUAAUAUGGCGUCAAGUAUUUCUGCCAAUCCAAUAUCAACGUAUUUGAAAAAUAUCUCUAAAUCGGAAUCACCGCGGAAGAGUUUAAGCCAUAUUAGAAACAAAAUGGUUGCCGACUUAGGAAUGACUUUAACCCAAUUAGCAGAUCCAUAUAAAAGAAUGGACUUCCUACGGCAACUAAAUAAAGACUUUAAGCUCGUUAUGAUUAUGGAAUAUUUUGAUGAAUCUCUUAUUCUACUCCGGAGAUCUUUAUGCUGGACACAUAAAGAUAUUCUGUACUUCCCGAAAAACAAAAACAUAUUUCGUCCUCGGCGAAUUUUUGAUUUGGAGGAUCAUAAACGCCAUCGUGCUAUUUCGUUUGCGGAUUACGAACUUUAUGAUUUCUUUUAUAAAGAAUUCAAUAAAAAGAUUUUACGAGCCGGAGAUGAUAUAUUUGAAGAAGUGCGGUAUUUUAGACAUCUACAAAAAAUAGUUUGGGAUCAAUGCAUGAUGAAAAAACAUGUAAUUUUCCCACCAUCAAAAUGGGGUGCUUCGUUUCACGUAACCAAGGAAGAAUGUCAAAUGAUGCGAACCGGGGAACUCGCGUUUCUCGACUACAUAAUGAACAUAACCUCAGCUAAAUAUAUCCGAUUUUUAAAGGAAAAAAUGCCAGAGAAAUAAAAAGAAGAAAUAGUAGUUAUAUUAUAA